GUGAGACUAUAUUAAAAUACCUCCCGCUCUCUUCUGACUGCCGCUGCCUGGCCGCGGGCGAGAAGAGACCUGACCGGAAUUCCCCGCCCUGUUGAAAUAGCUCCUCCCAUCAUAGUAGACUAACCACGCCCACCGCAGAUGUCAGGCUGACCCCGCCCCUCCGCCGUCAUCCGCUCCCGUUACGUCACGUGCGCUUGCUGCGCUCAGUCUUCGUGUAUCCGGACGCCAGUUCUGCCCGACCACCGCUGGCAGGAAUAUACCGGGGCGCCCGGAAUUCCUCACACUGUCCCCGGCCGCAGACGUCUCACUGGGCCCCUGGUGCACGUCAGCCGCUCCGGGCUUGUAGUGGCUGCUGUCGGGAUGGUCGCCAUCUUGUGACAGGGCCCCUGGAGAGAAGCAGCAGAGCCGCGGACUCAUGUGACUUCUCACCGGGCGUAGAGAGAGGCUGCCCCCAGGCCUGUGUUCCCCCCGGGUCGCCGGGAGGAGCGGGCUGGGGGCGGGGAUUGUGACAGGUAGUGCCCCGGCCUGUCAGCUUGCAGAAGAAAGAGUGGGCUGCACAUGGGAAGCUCAUCGUUCUCCUAAAUAUAUUACAAAUACCUGGCUCCAAUCAUGGAUGAUCAGAAGGCUCUGGACUCUAUCAUGCAGGAUCUAGUUGUCUUACACAAGGCCAGCCGACCUGCCCUGUCUUUGCAUGAAUCUGGCAGCACCAAAUCGACCUCUCCCAAGAAGCAGAGUGAUGUACGUGUUAAAUUUGAGCACCGUGGAGAAAAAAGAAUCCUGCAGUUCCCCCGCCCUGUUCUUCUGGAAGACCUGUUUGCUAAAGCUAAAACCGCCUUUGGUCAGUGCAUGGAUCUUCACUACAGCAAUAAUGAGCUGGUAAUACCGUUGAAAACGCAGGAUGAUUUGAACAAAGCUGUGGAAUUGCUUGACAGAAGCGCUCACAUGAAGAGUCUUAAAAUAUUGCUGGUUCUGCAUGUUCACAAUCAGAUCCCCGUCUUGUGUGAUGUGGAGCACAUUCCGUCUCUGGAAGAUCUGGAUAACACAGUGUUUAGAGGAACAGAGAGGAAGGACAGGACAGCUAUUCUCGGUAAUCAGACAAGGGAUAGGAGUUCCCCUCCCCCAGGCUACAUUCCAGAUGAAUUGCACCAAGGUGUCCGAAAUGGAUCCUUCACCAGCAUAAACAGUGAAGGAGAAUUUAUUCCAGAGAGCAUGGACCAGAUGCUGGAUCCAUUGUCACUCAGUAGUCCUGAAAACUCUGGCUCUGGCAGCUGCCCAUCUCUUGAUAGCCCUUUAGAUGGGGAAAUCUAUCACAAGUCCAGGAUGCCCCGAGCUCAGAGUUAUCCAGACAAUUACCAGGAGUUCUCAGAUUAUGACAUUCCAGUGUUUGAGAAAUUUGGAAAGGGUGGUACUUACCCUCGGAGAUAUCACAUUUCCUACCAUCAUCAGGAUUUUUGUGAUGGUCGCAAAACCUUUCCAAGGGCCAGAAGAACCCAAGGGAACAGCUUCCGAUCUCCCGUUAGCUUCAGCCCCACAGAUCACUCUCUGAGCACCAGCAGUGGGAGCAGUGUCUUCACUCCAGAAUAUGAAGAUAGCCGGCUGAGGAGAAGGGGGAGUGACAUAGACAAUCCAACCCUGACCGUGAUGGACAUAAGCCCACCCAGUCGAUCACCUCGUGCCCCAUCAAACUGGAGACUUGGGAAACUUUUAGGACAGGGGGCCUUUGGAAGGGUUUAUCUUUGUUACGAUGCUGAUACUGGGAGAGAACUGGCAGUGAAGCAAGUGCAGUUUGAUCCAGACAGUCCUGAGACCAGUAAGGAGGUGAAUGCGCUGGAGUGCGAAAUUCAACUGCUGAAGAAUCUGCUGCACGAGCGUAUUGUUCAGUAUUACGGAUGCUUGAGAGACUCCCAGGAGAAGACUCUCUCCAUAUUUAUGGAAUAUAUGCCUGGGGGAUCAAUAAAGGACCAACUGAAGGCCUACGGAGCACUUACAGAAUUUGUUACCCGGAAAUACACCCGCCAGAUCCUGGAUGGGGUACAUUAUUUGCACAGUAACAUGAUUGUACAUCGAGAUAUUAAAGGCGCGAAUAUACUGCGGGACUCUUCAGGUAAUGUGAAGUUAGGGGAUUUUGGAGCUAGCAAGCGCCUCCAGACUAUCUGCCUUUCUGGUACUGGUAUGAAAUCCGUCACUGGCACCCCCUACUGGAUGAGUCCCGAAGUCAUCAGUGGGGAAGGAUAUGGCCGAAAAGCAGAUAUCUGGAGUGUGGGCUGUACCGUUGUGGAAAUGCUGACUGAAAAGCCACCUUGGGCGGAAUUUGAGGCCAUGGCUGCCAUCUUUAAAAUUGCCACCCAGACCACCAACCCACAGCUGCCAGCACAUGUGUCGGACCAUACCCGGGACUUCCUGAAAAGGAUUUUUGUAGAAGCCAAGCUGAGGCCAUCAGCUGAAGAACUGCUGCGGCACACAUUUGCCCAGUGUCACUAGCAACUUCCCAGUGAUCUGCUCUUCCUUUUUGCUGCGUUCCUUCCAAAGCUGAUGGCACUUUAAAGGCCAAUUAAAGACUCAAUAGAAUGACAAGAGAGACCAUUAGAUUCCUCUCGAUUUCUCAGAUCUUUUUGGAGAGGGCUGCAGCUUUUGAUCUAGUGAACACUGAGAGAAGACUCCUGAUUUUUGAAGCUUGGAACUUGUUUUUUCACAAGGUACAACCGCCGUUAUUCCAAGUCAAAGCACUUUAUAGAACAUUUUCAUUCCUUGUCCCCUAGAAUCGGGAUCUUUAGGCUACAAAGGUGGAAAAAAAAUGGUUGUAAAGAACAUGAACAUGUCAAGCGGCGCGAGGCAACGCCACCUUUUCUGGGUAGAUUGUGUGCCUGGUGUAAGCACUGCUUGGGAUCAGAGCUGCUUUUUUUUUUUUUUUUUUUUUUUUGGUUAAAUAUUUUCUGUUCAGUUUCUAUCAAUCUGUUUUUUUGAGUCGUCAUGCAUACUGUAUGCUAAGAUAAGAUUGGGUAUUACACUUGUGACUUGACCUUUCUAGCAAACUUAUUUGGGUCUUUAGGCCCUCAUUAUGUGGAGAUGAUGAAAUAAACAUUACGGUACAAAGUUUGAGUUAGAUUGGUUUAGACCAGGGAUUGGGAACCUUCGGCCCCCCAGCUGUUGAACUACACAUCCCAGUAUGCCCUGCAACAGUUUUAGCAUGGCCAAAUAGCAAAACUGUAGCAAGGCAUGCUGGUAUGUGUAGUUCAACAGCUGGAGAGCCAAAGGUUUCCCACCCCUGGUUUAGACAGAAGCAAUAGUUUUGUUUCUUAGAUUAUUUUUUAGCAGUGUUGCUAGAUAAGAAAGUACACAUCUAGGGAAUAUUUGGUACAUGUCAGAAGUAAACCUCAAUAAUUGGUAUAAAAGUCAUAAACGAUAGAAACAUGGGUCCAUUUUCUGUUUUCCACAAGCAGAAAUCUCAUGUAUUUCAUGGCUCCAUAUUGCCUUUUGUUGUUUUAGACUCAGUUGUGCUUUUGAGCAACCCCUUAGCACUUUUUAAUUGAUAAUGCUUUUUAAAAACAUAAAUGCAUCAUGGAUUUAUAAUUAAGUAGAUCACAAGUCAUGUUUUGUUUUUUUCAAAAACCCUUUAGUGAGUUCAGCCAUUGUGGCAGACAGCCCGUGUAUCACUGACUAAGACUAUCUGCUUCCGAGGUUUCACUAUGAGCUAGAACCCAAGUGACCUCACUGGGGCACUUUUCGGAUGGGAAUGCAGUUUACAAGCUCACGAAGUACAAGCAACAUCACCGGAUUGUGAACAUUGGCUCAAUUAAAAAAACAUUUUUAAAAAGUGACAGAGGCACAUUUAUGUCUGAGAACAUAUAAUGAAACAACCCAGUUGUGGUGUUGGUUAUAUGAUUUAGUCUUGUGUCAGUGUGUAGGGACACCACUCCAUUGCAUUUGUUUGUGUAGGAUAGAAGAUUUUUUACAAUUUAAAAAAACAAUGUAUGUUACAGUAUACCAUGGUGCACCAUGCAACUGUCCUGUGGCAGGCAAAUUGAAUUAGACAGUACAGUUUACCUAAGAGAAUGCAUACUGUUGAUAGUUAUCUUCUUGUUCUGAUAUUCCUCUGUAGUACGUUGCUGUCUGUUGAGAAUGUUUGGGUGCACAUAACAGUGAUACCAAAGAGGAGGAGCAUUUACAACAUAACCCGCUUUUUAGAAAUUCUACGUCCCCAGGGCACUGCGUCACAAUAUAAAUAUGUAGUUACUGAAAUCUAGGGUGACUUCUAAAAUAUAUAACAACUUACAGGGUAUCAUGAAAUCGAACGGUCUCUAUCUUGACGUGGGGAUUUUUCGGAGAAGUCUUUAUAUAAGACUAGUAAUAAGCGGCCAUUACUUAUUGUGGUCUGACACAGGUUACCAUUAUACAUUGUGUUUCAAAAAGAUGGAUCAGAUUUGAAAUCACUAUAUUUCUGCAACCACGAACUGCCCAUGAAUGUAACUCUUACCACUUAAAUGAACGGGGCAUACAGUUUAAAAAGACUACCGCUAGAUCCCUUUCCCAGCGCACCAACAGCCUCCAGCCUCAGUGGUUCGCAAGAUGGCAGCCGCGCAACACAAAUCCAAUUGGGACGAAUUCAACUAUCGUAUCGAUGUUGUCUGUGCAGCAGGUGGAGGGCACAUAGAGUAUUUAUAAAAUGGUUAAUAAAAUUUGAAAACUCGUUAAACUGUUUAACUUUUUGUGUAAUAGUAACAUGUUGCCAUCGUAAAAUACUGUGUAUUGCUUUGAAAUUGGGUCCAUCUUUUUGGAACACCCUUUGUUCUACUCUAAAUCUUCCACUUCACCACCACCAUGCUGGUAUAUCAAGCUGUAGUUUGACAAUGGAUAAAACUUGUUUUUCUUCAGUAAUUAAUGGCAAGGGGGGAUCGUGGGGUGCCUUUUGUGUGUGCAGGUGGUGGAAGACUUAUCUUAGACUUGUCAUCUAGAACCAUGCUCAUCUGCUCACAGCUGGUACCUUCCUAGAAGAUUUUGCCAAGUGCAUGUAUGUCAGCAAAUUUUUUACCCAUUAUUGGAUAGAGACUAGUAACAGAAUACAUGAGGUUUCCUUCCUUUACAGAGGUUAAGACUCCAGAGCAAACGUUUGUGUUUUCCUCAUACGUUACUUCUAUAUCCCAUGUUCGCUGGGUGAAGUGAGUGCCCCCCCCCCCCCCCCCCCCUGUCUCCCCCCGCAUGUUCAGCACACAUCGUGGUGUGCUGAGUGGUGGGAGAGAUGUGUGCUGAGCGGUUCGCUCAGCAGACAUCUCUCCCACAUCGGCCCGUCUAUAUGAGCCUUUACUCUAGAGCUUUUCUUGUAUCCAGAUAUUUGUGUAAAUUAUGUAGAUGAUGAACUCGCCAUUACAUUGCAUUUUGUUUUUUUCUCGUUCUAUACGACACUCCCCGAGUUCCUCAACAUCUCUAAUUUCCCCAUUUAUAUACUGGGAUUUGAGAUUUUCCUUUACACCCAGACAAAUUAAUUGAUCUGUCAUUAUAAUCCUCCCCUGUAUUCUAACACGGGAGAUAUUCUCAAAUGAACAGUAGUGAAAUCUGGAAUACGGUGGUUUUGUUCAACAUUUUCUUAGGUUUAAGCUUUUAUUUAUUUUUGCCCUUUAACUGCAGUACAUAUGACUAUAGGCACUUGUUUCCCACUGAGGCACUAGUCUCCCACUGAGAAUUAUAAAUCGAGACAUGUAUUAUUGGAUUAUCUGUUUUUCAUUUUAGGAAUUUGUUUUUUCGUUCUCUUAAUAGUGGUGUAACAGUGACCUUUAACAGUAGGGACCACUGUUAACAAUGCUUGGUGUAAUUCAUGUGUGUAUGCUGUGUAUAUCACUUUACUACCAUACUAGUUACCAGCCUGUCAAAAUGAUGGAACAGCAUAACAGUAAUGUCAGCGCCCGAACGAAGCAACAAUUAAAGUGCUCCUCCGGGUGCCAUCUAGUGGCUGCCAGAGCUCAAAACACUUGAAUUCCCCCCAUAGAGGUGACGAGCAGCGUUACUUUUUUAUUAUAUGGGAUAGAUUUUAAUUACAGUGACCGUGAGCUGGUAAAAAUGAUUUCACUUAAAAUAUUGCAUCGGCCUGUAGGCUACGGGUUUGUCUCAAAAGCCAUUAUUGACCAUCUUGGUCCUUGGCAGUUUAUAAUAGUGCCUUUUACUCGUGUCUGCGUGUAUCUUUUUGUAUACGUUUGUGAUUCAAGUUUUUUUAUGUAUACUCUUAUACAUACACGUAUGUAUGAGAAAGCUAUAUAUGUACAAGGAUACGCUGAUGAGGUUACUCAAGAAAGUGCCAAAUGUAUAGUAAUAUCUAUUGUACAUUUCUGUAAUAACUAAUCCCUGCUCUUGGACUAUAUGUAUACUGUAUGAUCUGGUAUUGCAGUCUUUCUGGAAUGCAUAUCUUCAUGGGUGCAAGAACAGUGCAUUACAAAUGAUUCUAAAAUGAGGUUACAUGUUUAUUAUGUUGUGUAUUUGUCUUACUGGACUUUUUGUAAAUGUGGAAUGAUCAAUAAUUGUAUUUAUUCACAAAGGUCAUGUUGAGCAGCUUUGGAUAGACUGUCCAAUUGUAAACGGACCCACACAAAAAAAGCUACAGAAUUGACCAAGCUUUUUGGUGCAUUAUUUAAGGCACUUUUUACAUAUUAAUGCCAAAGAUGUAUUGUGUAUGUAAUAGAAUUAUUACUUUUUUGAUCAACGUGUAUUUCAGCUGCUCUCACGAAAAGCCUUGAUUCUGAAAACAUUUGCAGAGCCUUCAUUAGUAACAAUUUUAUGUGAUGUUUCAGUUGUGAGUUUUUCAGGACCGUUUUGUCAUAUACUACCCAAAACUCAGUCUCUUGAAGCUAUAAACUGCCACCCCUAUCGGAGAUCACUGCUUGUUGAAGGAAUUGUCUACUCUUUGGUCUUUCUGCUGUGUGUUGCCUGCUUUUAACAGGACUAUUACUGUACACAAGUUUCCCGAGCACCGUUGACCAGGCUGCUGCUUGAAAAUCAGGUGCUGCCUUAAUUGACUAAUUGUAAGCUGUCCAGGUAAUGAUGGCAGAUUUAUGUACAGCAGUAGUUCUGUUUGUUUUUUGUUUUUUUAAGUAUCUCUGGAAGCCAAGGAAAGGAUUCCACGUUUAAGUUAAACAGUGGGUGACAGUAAUAGUUUAAGUUUACACUACUUAGACCACUCCCCUUGUUGGGCUUAUUCACGCAAUAGCACAGACUUGCGUUGUGAAUGCAUUGUGAUAUGGCCACAGUGAAAUUUAAGUGGGCACCUGCAUUAUGGCCACUGAUUCCGCCCUAUUCAUUUGCAAUAGUGCGGCAAUUCAAAUCAUGCCAGUCCUGGAACAACAGCUUUCCCGCUGUGGGCUAAUUACUGUGCACAGGUAUGUGAAAAAUAGUAGGUAUACUGGCCUCUGACAAAGCAACACCAAUGCUUGCCCUGUUUUCAGUGAGCGGUGCCCACCUGUGCGCGUGAUGAGGAGGGAAUGGGUCUCUAAUGUAUAGAGAUUGCAGGAAAAGAACAGAAAGCAGGGUGAGCAAGACUGUUCUGCUGUCCCCGAUACUUACUGUCUCCAAGUCUAACAUAUACUCUUGUGGUGGUCUCUGCCUAUGGCACUUUGCAGACUACUUAUAUGCAGUGUUUUAUACAACUGGUAUUCCACUAAUGACUUAUGAUAUUAAAUUUUGUUGUAGAGGUUGCUUUUCAGUGUGGUUUGCUGAAGAGAAGUCAUUCCCCAACCACAAUUUGUGUGACAUGAUGUAUUCCAUGUCCAAAUGUGUAGCUUCAGUCAGUGAAAGUGGAACACACCAGCUUACACAAUUCCCACUUCAUGCCAUUCGUGUUUGACAAAGUGAGGUUAAGGCCCCUUGGUCAGUCUCCAUUUGUGUUGUGGCCUGUUGAAGGCCAAAUAUCUACUUUAUAGUUAAUGAAGUAAGAUGAAUAAAGAUAUAGCUUGUUCUUAUUUCAUACAAAGAACCAGCUGAGCCCCCCACAUAGAGCGCCAACAUUUACUAUCUGAGCCAUAUCAAUCAAUAUUCAGCCUUUGUUCAGUUUAUUAGGAAAUGGUACAUUCCGGACACGUGAAUGUCUAUUCAGCCUUUAAAAUAGGACCCGUCUACAUUGUGUGCACUUUAAGCUGUAUAAUCAUCUUAACAUCGGGACUAAACGGUUCAACAUGAGAUGCCUGUGUAGAAAAUGACCAAUCCAUUGUAUUUGUCCUCCAGGGGGAGUUUAUGCUGAGGGGUUUAAUUAAAACAAUUCUAUUAAAGCAGGGCCUAUAGUCACCCUGCUCUAAAAACAACUGUAAAUAGCCUUUUUUUUUAAUUUUUUUUUUUUUUUUA